CAGGAGGCAUCAUUUUGGUGGCAAGACACACAACUUAGCGCAGGAAGGACGGCCGAACUACUCGCGGUUACCUCUAUACAGUACAGAAAAUAAGCUGACCAAGAAAAAGUUUUUCCUUCCUCUUGGCGUGUGUCGCGGAAAAUAGGAAAAAAAUCGCGUUCGACCGUGUCAUCUUCCGAGGUGUCGUGUAUUGGAGUAGAUCGGAAAAUUUUGUGGAAAGUUUUCGUACAAUCCGUCGCUCGGGAGCGAAGAAGCGUUUAAUUUUUUUGCAAAAAUCAUCCCCGUCUGUCGCCGUGCGUGUAUGUGGUGAGAGAGUUUGCGUUUUUUGGGGCCGCCGCAACCGAGAAAAGGCGAGCGAAGAUUGCCUUGCCAGCCAACCAGCAGCAGCAGUAGUAGAAGAAGAAGAAAAUGUGAUUUCUUUCGAGCGCGAGCAUUUUUUCGUCUUCGUCGUCAAGAUUUUUUUUUUUUAUUUAUCAGCAAAUUUGGUUUCAUUUUGGUGAUUUUCGCGUGUAGUUGAUGUACUCGUAAUCGUAGUGUGGAGUGCUUGCAGUUCAUCCGUAUUCCGAUAAAGUCUUGAGCAGAAGAUAGUGCUUGCAAGCCUAGGAAAAAUAAUCCUUCGUCGUCGGAACUCAACCCGCUGGAAGAGGGAACCGUGGCUGGGCGAAAGGAUAACGCCGGGAGCAGUGCUGGUGGACGAUGCCAAUGUUGUCUCAAUUUCAAAUGAACUUUCGUGCGUUCCUAGUGUUAGCAUCGAAAAUAUGGACCUGCAUCUGUUACAUGUUCAACCGACAGGUUAGAGCGUUUGUACAGCAUCAACCGGUGAAAUAUGAACUAUUCCCGCUGUCGCCGGUGUCCCGGCACCGGCUCGGCAUGGUCCAGCGCAAGACCCUGGUGUUGGACCUGGACGAGACGCUAAUCCACUCGCACCAUGACGCGAUGCCACGGAACACGGUGAAACCCGGCACGCCGCACGACUUCACCGUCAAGGUCACCAUCGACCGGCAUCCGGUGCGGUUUUUCGUGCACAAGCGGCCCCACGUGGACUACUUUUUGGAUAUUGUAUCGCAAUGGUACGAUCUAGUCGUUUUCACCGCCAGUAUGGAAAUCUACGGCGCUGCGGUCGCCGAUAAGCUUGACAAUGGUCGCAACAUUCUGAAGCGUCGCUACUACCGACAGCACUGUACGCCGGACUUUGGCUCGUACACCAAGGACCUGUCGGCAAUCUGCGGCGAUCUGAACAGAAUAUUCAUCAUCGACAACUCACCCGGUGCGUAUCGGUGUUUCCCGAACAAUGCAAUACCAAUCAAAUCCUGGUUCUCGGACCCGAUGGACAUCUGCCUGCUGUCACUGUUACCUCUACUAGAUGCGCUAAGGUUUACCAACGACGUACGGUCAGUGCUGUCGCGGAAUCUACACCUACACCGUUUGUGGUAGCAGAAUUUAAGUAAUAUUUUAUGGUGCGCUGUGAGACUUCUAAAAUCUUACAAAUAUUCAUUUGUUUUAUUCUAAAGUCACAUCCUACUGUCGGUAUAGCGAGCGUCGAAAUCGUCGAGAAAGAAAACCUGAAGUGAAACUAAAGAACACAAGAGUGGGUAGACAUAAAUUGAACAAUACCUACUAACUUAAUAGAACGAAGGGGGUUAAAUAUUUCGUACAAUAAGUGUAAGUUAUUUAAAAGCAUCCUUAUGAUUUUACCAUCGCGAUGAUCUUCAACUAUUUCGCGUAAUAGCUACGGAUUUUGUUGUCAUGCUUCCUAUGUUUAAUGUGUACUAUUUUGUCUUAAAAGCUCAUUUGUUGCUAAUUGGUUAUAACAAAUUUUUCUAAAAGACAAAUUAAGGUUAGGAAAUUGGACACUGAAACAAAAUUGUAGUACUAGUAGUGGCGGUGAACAAACCGCUUGUAGCAAAAAUGUCAAUGACAUUUUCUGACAUUAUUUACCUGAA